AAUCCUUCUCGUGAUCUGCGUGAUCCAGUCCGGGUUUACAGCUUUCUCCAACGUAACGUUAGCCUACUAUGUGUGUGAAUGCAUGAGUGUGUGUGUGUGUGUGUGUGUGUGAGAGAGAGUGAGAGAGAGAUCGAGCCUUGUUUACAGCGUCAAUUCAACGGAGAGAGACUACAUGAUCUACUCUACAUCCUUCACAUCUCCUAAAUGAACACAGAUCCGAUCCCUCACUCAUCAUCAUCUGUGUCCUCCAUUGGCCGCGUCUCGAAGGGAAAAAUCAAGGUCUGAAAUCUCAGACUGAAGAUGGUGGGAGGCAGAGAGAGACCAUUUUAAAGCCUGGACGGAUGUUAUUUGGCAUCUUUCGGAGUUUCUCCGCCGAUUUUAGGCCUUUAAGAACGCUGGAUGAGAAGUGCUAGGCUUCUUGCAGCUGAUGAAGAUCACAGACACAUAGGCACACACGUCCAGACUGUUUUAGCCAGCGGAUCUAAGCGGGUUUCACCGGACUACAGCUAAAAUCAGCCUGCGUGGAGACCUACAACGUGUUUUUCCAAAAUUUCCCACGACACGGAGCAUGGAAUUGCGGAUUAUCGAGCCGUUACGUGUUUUUCUGGGUUAUUAUCACAUAUAUCGACGAGGAAAAGCUGUCCAGAAUAAUAUUAAACACGGUUGAGCAGCGCGAGAAUCAGUGCGGGUGAAUCCGCCUCAUGGUGAGGGCAAAGCGGGCUGGGUCUGCUGGAUAAUCUCGCUGGGGUGUCUGGAGGAUCAUUUAUCCCAGCAAAAACACAUCGAAGAUGGACGAAAUUGGUUUUGUUUGAUUAUUUCCAGCUGCUGUGCAUCUAUUUUUUUUUCACCCCCUCCAUAAGGAGGAACCAAUCUGGAUAAACCAACUUUAAUGAUAUUUUUUUGUACUGAAAAGACUUCAAGCAUCAUCCACUUUGAAGGGUUGAGAGCUGUCUCCCCUGUUUUGUUAUAUUUAUAAUUAUUUUUUAAAACAAGUUUUUGCCUUGUUUUUGUACAGGAAUGAGGUCUAGCAGACAGAGGCGAUAUUGGACCUUGUUUUCUGGUCUGGUCUUGGUCCUCUUGACACUUUGUCAUGGAGAAAUCUGUGGUCCAGGCAUUGACAUUGGUAAUGACAUCAGUAAUUUCAAGCGGCUGGAGAACUGUACAGUGGUUGAGGGAUACCUGCAGAUCCUCCUCAUUGGAAGCAAAAACAAUAACAACCAGGAGGUCUUCCGCACCCUCAGUUUCCCCAAACUGACCAUGAUUACGGAUUAUCUUCUCCUCUUCCGUGUAUCUGGGCUGGUCAGCCUCAGCACCCUUUUUCCAAACCUCGCCGUGAUCCGGGGCCGUAACUUGUUCUACAACAACGCCCUGGUCAUAUUUGAGUUAACCAGCCUGAAGGACAUCGGCCUUUACAACCUGCGGAACAUCACAAGGGGCGCGAUACGAAUCGCGAAGAAUCCAGAGCUCUGCUACCUGGAUUCUGUGGACUGGUCUCUCAUUAUGGAUGCUGAAUUUAACAUUUUCAUUGAUGGAAAUAAGCAGUCCAAGGAGUGCGGAGAUGUUUGCCCGGGAAUCAUGGAGGACAACCCUCUGUGUAUUAAGACGAACUUCUACAACAAUGAAAAUUACAGAUGCUGGACCUCCAACCAUUGCCAGAAAGUUUGUCCGAAGGGGUGUGGACAGCGGGCGUGCACGGAUUCGGGCGAGUGCUGCCACCCGCAGUGCCUGGGCAGCUGCACUGUGCCCAACAGCGACAGGGCCUGUGCCGCCUGUCUGCACUACUAUCACGAGGGCCGCUGCGUGGAGGACUGUCCACUCGGCACGUACAAGUUUGAGGGCUGGCGCUGCAUCACCAAGGACUUCUGCUCCAAGGUCCACCUGCCUGAUUACGACCGCUUCGUCAUCCACGGAGGAGAGUGUAUGUCCGACUGCCCACCCGGCUUCACGCGUGAUGAGAACCGCAGCAGCAUGUUCUGCACUGCCUGUGACGGCCUGUGUGACAAGAUCUGUGAUGAAAAGGUCAUUGACUCGGUGGACGCGGCUCAGUCCCUCAAGGGCUGCACCGUUAUCAAAGGCAACCUGCAUAUCAACAUCCGCCGCGGCACUAACAUAGCCUCGGAGCUGGAGAACUUCCUGGGACUCAUCAAGACAGUGACAGGAUACAUUAAGAUACGUUCAUCACAUGCCCUGAGCUCGCUCUCCUUCCUCAAGAGCCUCAGACACAUCUAUGGAGAGGAACUAUGGGAUGACAUGUAUGCCUUUGCUGCCUUGGAUAACCAGAAUCUCCAGCUUUUGUGGGACUGGUCCCAGCACAAUCUCACCAUUAAUGUUGGAAAACUGUAUUUCCGCUUGAACCCCAAACUCUGCAUGUCCGAGAUCCACAAAAUGUGGGAGAAAACAGGAAUUAAGGAGAAGUUUUUGGAAGGAGAUUUCCGCAACAAUGGAGACCGUGCAAGCUGUGGGAGUGAAAUCCUAAAGUUCCUAUCGAAUACCACGAGUAGUAAUAGAAUCAAGCUGGUGUGGGAUGGUUUUCGACCAGCCAACUCCAGAGACCUUGUCAGUUUUAUUGUAUACUACAAAGAAGCGCCUUUCCAGAACCUGACUGAGUUUGAUGGUCAGGACGGUUGUGGAUCUGACAGCUGGAACAUGGUUGACGUGGAUUUACAGGAAGACCAAAUCCAAAACCCGGGUGUUACGCUCACCAUGCUGAAGCCCUGGACUCAGUAUGCUAUCUUUGUUAAAGCUGUAACAUUAGUCGUGGAGGACAGGGACAGGGACAAGGACAGACAGCGUCUUGGGGCGAAGAGCGAAGUGGUAUACAUUUGGACUAAACCAUCAGCACCCUCAAUGCCUGUAGACAUUCGUGCAUACUCUAAUUCUUCAUCAAAGCUGGUGGUGCGGUGGUCUCCACCUGUCUCCCCCAACGGAAACACCACCUACUACCUGCUCCGCUGGAAGCAGCAGGGCGAGGACCGUGAGCUCUACCAGCACAACUACUGCUCUAAAGAACUGAAGAUCCCAAUCAGGAUUUCAGCCACGGGUUUGACAGAAAUCGAGAACACCAAACCCACCAAUCCUGAAGCAGGGGGGCGGGACAAAGUUCCCUGUUGUCCAUGCCCUAAAACAGAGGAGGAUCUGAAACGAAUCGAGGAAGACAUCUACUACCGCAAAGCCUUUGAGAACUUCCUCCACAAUGCCAUAUUCACCCCCAGACCUCCUGACAGGCGACGGCGGGAUCUCUUUGGUGUGGCCAAUGCUACUUCCCUCCACACUCUGUUGGUGGGAAACUGGAACCUGACAGAGGGAAACUUCUCAGAUAACGAGCCACCUAGACAGGAAUUUUCCUUUAUAGAAAAGAAGGUGAAGGAGCGUAGCGCUGACAUCGGCGGCCUGCAUCCCUUCACCGUUUACCGCAUCGACGUGCACGCCUGCAACAAAGAGGUUCAACACUGCAGCGUAGCCGCAUUUAUCUUUUCCCGCACCAAAGCCGCAGAAAGAGCCGAUGACAUUCCUGGCCCUGUGACCUGGGAACAUCUGGAGGGUUCUGUGUUCCUGAAAUGGCCUGAACCACAAAAACCCAAUGGCCUGAUCCUACUGUAUGAGAUUCAGUAUCGUCUUGGAACUGAGCCGGAGAAGCACGAGUGUGUGUCCCGUCAACAUUACAGGGAGCACAAAGGGGUGAAACUCUCCAACUUGGGAGCUGGGAACUAUUCUGUCCGUGUGCGGGCUACGUCCCUCGCUGGAAACGGGUCAUGGACAGAACGCAUAGCUUUCUAUGUGAAUCAGAUUGAACAAUCAAAUUACGAGCACUACCUGUACUACAUCAUCAUCCCUAUUUUCCUGAUUUGUGUCCUCGGCGCUGGAAUGGCUUUCUUCUGUUUUAACAAGAGACGAAACAGUGACAGGCUUGGAAACGGAGUCCUUUACGCAUCUGUUAACCCCGAGUACUUCAGCGCAGCAGAAAUGUAUGUGCCGGAUGAAUGGGAAGUGGAGCGAGAGAAAAUCACCAUGUGCCGAGAGCUUGGACAAGGAUCCUUUGGUAUGGUGUAUGAGGGCAUCGCCAAAGGUGUCGUCAAAGAUGAGCCGGAAACCAAGGUGGCCAUCAAAACAGUCAACGAAUCGGCUAGCUUGCACGAGCGCAUCGAGUUCCUCAAUGAAGCCUCCGUUAUGAAAGAGUUCAACUGUCACCAUGUGGUGCGUCUGCUGGGUGUAGUUUCGCAGGGUCAGCCCACCCUGGUGAUCAUGGAGCUGAUGACACGAGGAGAUCUGAAGAGUUACUUGCGCUCGCUUCGAUCCGCUGAGAACAUCUCCAGCUUGCCUUUGCCACCAUUGAAGAAGAUGAUUCAGAUGGCUGGAGAGAUCGCGGAUGGCAUGGCUUACCUCAAUGCCAACAAAUUUGUUCACAGAGACUUGGCAGCAAGGAAUUGCAUGGUGGCAGAGGAUUUUACUGUCAAAAUUGGUGAUUUUGGUAUGACACGGGACAUUUAUGAGACUGAUUACUACAGAAAAGGAGGCAAGGGACUGCUGCCUGUGCGCUGGAUGUCUCCUGAGUCCCUCAAAGAUGGAGUUUUCACCACCAUGUCUGAUGUCUGGUCCUUUGGGGUGGUGUUGUGGGAAAUAGCCACCCUGGCCGAGCAGCCCUAUCAGGGCAUGUCCAAUGAGCAGGUACUGCGGUUUGUCAUGGAGGGAGGACUGCUAGACAAACCUGACAACUGCCCUGACAUGCUGUUUGAACUGAUGCGCAUGUGCUGGCAGUACAACCCCAAAAUGCGGCCGUCCUUCCUGGAGAUCAUCAGCAGCAUCAAGGACGACCUGGAGGCGGGUUUCAAGGAGAUGAGCUUCUUCUACAGCGAGGAGAACAAACCUCCGGACACGGAAGAGCUGGACAUGGAGAACGUGGGAGCCAUGGAGAACGUUCCUCUGGAGCCGCCCUCCAGCCUGCAGCCCCUGGCGCCCUCUCUGGCCUCCCCUCAACAAUGCGCCCCUGCGUCCCAGGGCUCCUCCACCCCGGCCGGCCCGUCCUCACCGCCUUCCUCCCCCAGCUCCACGGACAAGCACCCGCUCCCCGCGUCUGCGGCGAACGGGCCCUCGAUGGUUCUCCGGAGCCCGUUUGACGAGACCCAGCCUUACGCUCACAUGAACGGGGGGCGAAAGAACGAGCGUGCCUUGCCUCUGCCCCAGUCGUCGGCUUGCUGAUCGAUGGUUUCCGGACACGUCUCUGUCUGUCAAGCCACUGUGUGGUCUCCUGAGAAGAAAUAUGAAAUUAAGAGACAAGGAAAAACAAAAUGGUACAAACUGGGAGUCCAAGGCAAUCGAUCUUUUCAAUCAUACCUCAACGGACAAAGUUUGGAUUUCUUUGUUUUUUGUGUUUUGUCGAUUGAAUCGGUGAAUUGAUUGACAUGAACGCAGACUGGAUCACUGACUGAAAAAUCAUGACCUUCACUCUUGCACUCGAUAGGCUGUUCUAGACUGUUUUUGUUAUGUUUUGUUACUUUUCUAAACUUCCAAAACUGGUUUGAAGGCCUGUCAGAGCCAGUGGUGGUACGGUGGCAUUAUUACGACACGCUCUGCAUAUCUCUAAGCCAAUCCAACAGCAUCUUGUUUCCAAUGACAUGCAUCUAAAUUAGAGAUUUAUUUUCUCCCGGCCGUCUUAGAAGUUCGUUCCCAUGACCCAACUCCGAUCUGGGUAUGGAGAUCUUCAGCUUCCCCUUCCUGGAAAUCAUCUGGCUGCGCAACUUUUGUGGAGAAGAAAUUCUCAAAUCUGCCUAAUGUCUGUUCUUUUUUUAUGUUGCCAAAUUGUCAUUUAAUUCCCCUGGCAUUUAUAUUCCUCAAAAUACAUACGACAGUUUUUUUUUUACCCUGGUGAUCCAAACCUGCUUAAAGGAAUAGUUCCUCCAAAAAUGUAAAUUUGCUAAAAAUUUACUCACCUUCAGGCCAUCCAAGAUGCAGAUGUUUCCUCAUCGGAACAAAUUUGGAGAAAUUUUGCAUUACUUGCUCACCAAUGGAUCAUUUGCAGUGAAUGGGUGCCGUCAGAAUAAGAGACCAAACAGCUGAUAAAAACAUCACAAUAAUCCACAUCACUCCAGUCCAUCAGUUAACAUCUUGUGAAGUGAAAAGCUGCGUGUUUGAAAAAAAAAAUAAAAAAUAAUAAUAAUUUCAAACUGUUGUAUCCGGCUAAAAUACGAAUCCAUAAUAACACUUCCUCCAAUUACUUGUGGAUUAUUGUGAUGUUUUAAUCAGCUGUUCGGACCCUCAUUCUGACGGCACCCAUUCACUGCAAAGGAUCCAUUGGUGAGCAAGUGAUGCCGUGCUACAUUUCUCCAUGAAGAAACAAACUCAUCUACCUGAGGGUGUGUUUUUUGGGUGAACUGUUCCUUUAAAAUCAAUAGAAAGAUUUCCCAGAUUCUUACUUUUCUGUCGUCUUGCAUUUCACGCUGAAUAAUUGCAAAGUCGAACAACAGAUGCAGCAGAUGUUGAAACUUUAAAAGGGAUUUGAAUAAAAAAAAAAAGAAGCUGAAAAGGUUUAAAAUUGUGGCUUUGUGGAGUUAAAAUGUUCUCUCGCUUGGUUGUUCAGUCAUACGUCGGACCACAGAGCGUGUGCAUUGUUUGUCGGUCACUUUUGUACCUUUUUUACAGUUCAGAUUGAUCAUCUAUAUGUCUGUGCUAAAAAAGCUGCUAUUUUGUUAUUGUUUUUCUUUUGUGGUUGUAAUAUAUAUAUAUAUAUAUAUAUAUAUAUAUAUGAGAUUUUUCAGGUGUAAUCCUUUGCCUUUCCACUACAGUCCAUUUUAUGAUGCUUAUAGUUCUGCAAAAUGAGAAAAACAGUAGGAGAUUCAUUCUAACAGUUGAUUUUUGCAAUGAAAAGUUGUUCAGUCCCUUCUGUUUUGAUAGAUUCACUCUCUUUAAAAGCUAAACUGGCAGUAAACACAAUCUUCUGUCUUCAUUGCCAGUAACGGCGGCACCCAGCGACGUGAUUCUGUAACAGCUCGACACUAUGUCUCUCAUCACAUUAAUGCGCAACAAAUACUCUCAGGUCAGAAUCCUAAACGUUUUGGUCUCAGACCCAAUGUGUUCUUGUCUCGCCAUUCAUUCCUCUUUAAAAAACGGAGUAUGACUUAAAAUUUGGCAAAUUUUGGUUUGAUUUCAUUGCUUAAACCUAGACUCGUCUCAUUCUUUACAUUGAUUGUUCAGCCUUAUUUGUGACUGAUCCUGCCGCAAUUGAAAGACCCUUGUCUUCUCAACUCUGCGUUUCCUUCCGAGCAGAGCCCGAUAAAUGAUUAUACAGAUAUGAUUCAGCAUAUCUCUAUGCAGAAGUUGUGUUUGUAACAUAGGUCACUUAUAUCGAUUUAAGAAAGUUUUUUUUUUUUUCAAAGGAAAAACUGUCACUUUUCGUUUUCCUCCUUUUUUAUGUACCUAUAUAUAAAGUACAUCUGACCUUUUUCAUGAAAAGGACAAUAUUACUGCUCUCUGUAUCUGGGUAAAACCUCAUAAACGCUACAAACCACAAUCUCGGAGUGGAGAAAUUACCGAGUUGUGGACAUUUUGUACGACUAGCUGCUUUCUUUCCUAUCGGAUCUUGCUUAAUAUUGUUGAUUAUUUAUUUGUGAGAUUAAAACAAGAACAGGUCUGACAAUUGACUCUAAAUGUGCUGGAAUGUUUCAUUUAUUCAUCUUUUAACUUGGGGGGGAGGGGGGUGGUCACUAGAUGGAAUAAUUAGAAUGGAUUUAUUUUUAAGUAUAUACUGGUUGUGAUCUCCUCUCCCUUUCAUGUCUCUGAAUCCCACUGUUGGCAUUGUUCUAUUUAAAAAAAAAUUGUCACACAUUCAUUGGAAUUUUACAUCUGCAUCAGAAACCAAAUGUUCAUUGAAACAAACCCUUCGAGUAUAAACGGAUGUACAGUUUUUGCUGCUAUUAGGUGCAUCAGACAUGCAUUACGAAGAGGUUUGUCUUGGGUUAUAUGAAUAUUUUUGUAACCAUUAGCAAACAAAUCGAAACAAAAUAUCAGCACGCAAAACCAUUUCAGUGUAAUUUAAAUAAAGCAGAUGUGAUAUAAAGGCGAAUGGUUGGAGAAAUGCUGCUAUCUUUCGCAGCAGUUAUUGUUCAUGCAGAUACUGAGCUGAUUAAAUUGAAAUAAUAUUCUGUGAAAUAUGUAAAUCCAGAACAAAUAAAGAUCCUGAAUUUUUCACUCGAAUAUCUUUAUAUAAGGGAAAUGUUUAUAAUUGCGAAGAGUUUUGGAGAAAAACAACAAAAAUGAUGAUCGUAUAGUGCCAACAAUGUAAUGUCCUUCCGAUGUUAGUAAUUUUUCCUGGUUUUUGUUUCUCACAGAUUGAACAAGACACCAUCCUAAUGCUCCUCUACUGACCAUCUCCUAGUAUAUAACACCCGACCAAUGGCUAAUUUCUCCAAUCCAGAUCUGUUAACUAUGGGCUAGAUAUUCUCAGGGCUGAAGGUGGCUUUGUACCCUGCUGCUGGAAACUGCUGCUCUCUAUCAUCUGACCAGAUACUCUUUCUGACAUCCAGACUGAUCAAGUGUGCUCUUAUGAGUGCGUGAGGGUUGAGAGGAGAGCAUUAGAGGUGUUUGUGAUCUGAUGGCGCCAUCUAGAACGGGUUUUAUGUCAUUUCAUUUCAGUCCUCGAUGCCUCAUGUUUAGUUGAUGUGUAUGUGUUGGUAUAUAAAGAGGGUUACAGAUCCAGAAUGGGAGGGGAGAAUGGAGGUUUUGUGGUCCAAUUCUGUUCAAACCUGGCUGUUCUGAUUAAAAAAAAAGGCACUUAAUAA